AUGAAUGACAUAGAAAUUGUAGUAGAAAAUGAAAUUCAUACUCCAUGCAAUUCGAGGGAUGAAAAAGAAGAAAUUGACGAGGCUGAGAUGACUACAGAAAUAGCAAUGGAUUCCAACACAACAAAAUUUAAUGAUGUGCCAACAGCAGAUAUAUCGCACACAGAUACGGUUAAUACUGAUGUUUUCUGAAGACUUACUCGAGGUUUUAGUAUUCGCCCAAGGUUUGACUCUGCCACGUUGAACUCAGCUCUUGGGAGAAAAAUUGUAAACCUUUAAUGUAGCAAGAGAUAAAGGUAACUCCUAUAGAAGUUUAUGAAAUUGAACUCUAUGAUAUUUGCAGAAGAUUCUACAAGCAAGAAUCCAGACAUAAAAUAUCAAAUAAAUGCAUUCUCUAUGUACAUCAUAUCUAUAGAUUAAAAUCUCAAGAAAUUGAAUUAAACGAAGAUGAUUCUAGAGUUACUAAUCAAAGCUUAGAAAAUUUAAUGAGCUGCCAUCCAAGAUAUUGAGGAGAUUAUAGCUUUUAUAAAGAAACUCUUGCUUUAGUUUCUAUACUUGCUGUCAAAUGAAAAAUAGUAACCCUAGAUAAUUAUAAUUACAGACUCAAAGGAAGAGGGCUCAAUAUUAAAUUAUUGGACCUCAAUGAAAUGAAUUCGGAUAUGUUUACAAUGGAAACUCUCUGAUGAGCAAAUAACAUAAAAACUCAUCCUUGGGUUCAUGCUGUUGGAGAUGAGCUCUUGCAAGUAGCAGAACUCCUCAUUAAAAUUUCUCCGAGAAUUUUAAAUGAACUUAUUUCUUGCAACCAAAAUUGCGAUUUUGAGGCUUUUCCAUCAAUUUCACCCUUCCUCGCAGUAAAGAAACCAGCAAUUGUUAAAUAUACCAAGGUAAAGCCUGAUUUUAAUAUAAAUGUAAUGACAUAUCAAAGGCUGAAAAUUAAAAACAGAAUUUUUAGCUUAUGCCUCAAAGAUGAUGAGUCAUUGAAAUUAAAGUCAAUCUAUGGGAUGAUCGCAGAUUUUGAAAUGGCCUACAGAAAAUUUGAGCAGGAUUUGAUGGUUUUCAUCAUAAAAACAUAUCAACUCACUUCUAAAAAUCUUGAAGAGUCAUAUUAA